AGUCCCUACCUGGGCUAUACCGACAACAUGCCUCAGAACGAGUAUAUGGAAAGAUGGCGUAAGCUGCACGGCCGUCGUCUUGAUCAUGAGGAACGAGUUCGCAAGCGUACCGCCCGUGAGGGUCACAAGGCCUCGCAGGAUGCUCAGAACUUGCGCGGUCUCCGAGCCAAGCUUUACCAGCAGAGGCGACACAAGGAGAAGAUUCAGAUGAAGAAGCAGAUCAAGGCGCACGAGGAGCGCAACGUCAAGACGGCCGACGAGAAGGAUCCCACGACACCCAUGCCUUCCUACCUUUUGGACCGUACAAAUCCUUCAACUGCCAAGGCUCUCAGCAGUGCUAUCAAGAACAAGCGAGCCGAGAAGGCUGCCAAGUUUGCCGUCCCCUUGCCCAAGGUCCGCGGUAUCAGCGAGGAGGAGAUGUUCAAGGUUGUCAAGACCGGAAAGAAGAUCCAGAAGAAGGCCUGGAAGCGCAUGGUCACCAAGCCCACCUUUGUCGGACCCGACUUCACUCGACGCAACCCCAAGCACGAGCGCUUCAUCCGCCCCAUGGGUCUCCGUUACAAGAAGGCCAACGUCACACACCCCGAGCUUGGCGUUACCGUUCAACUGCCCAUCAUCAGUGUCAAGAAGAACCCUCAGAACCCCCUAUACACUCAGCUCGGUGUCCUGACAAAGGGUACCGUCAUCGAGGUCAACGUCAGCGAACUUGGUCUGGUCACCGCUGGUGGAAAGGUUGUUUGGGGUCGCUACGCUCAGGUCACCAAUAACCCAGAGAACGAGGGCUGCAUCAACAGUGUUCUUCUGGUAUAAUACGCUCAACAGCGUCCACGCGUGAUGUUGAGGGGGAUUCGUUUGUUCAAAGUUCGAAUGCAUGUAUUGGCGCCAGGGCGUUUUUGGGUUACCGCGCGAAAAGAAAACAGGCCGUGAUGGUAGAUGGUUGGUAAACGGGUUGAUUGUCGACUGAAGAUUCCCAGCUGUGAUGAAGAAGACUCACUCGAGUUAUGGGCCUCGCUCUGCGGUUGGCAGAACUUGAUAUAUGGCCAUAGACAGAUAAAUUUAAAGAUCUAGAGGGUGCUCUAACUGGCAUUGAUCUCUGGUUAUGCUACAAGUACUCUUUCU